AUGCUUGGUACUUCGGGGCUUGAAUGGAAUGACACUGGGAAAAUGAUUACUGUGAAGGAGGAGGCGGUGUGGCAAGCCUAUAACACGGCUCACCCAAAGGUCAAAUCACUGUGUUAUAAAAGUUGGCCAUAUUAUGCGGAUUGGGUUGAAAUUUUCGGGAAGGACCGGGCAACAGGAGAGGGGGCACUAGGUUUCACUGAGGCGGUCAAUGAUGUCUUACAUGAUACUAACGUCGAAGUACCAAGCCAUAUUCUCACUGAAGACACAGUCCCGGGUCAAUAUGAUUACCCUCAGACUAACCUUGACUCCUUUUCGGCUCAAGCAGGUGAGAGUAGUGCAUCCGGUAAGUCUAAGCGUGAUGGAAAAAGAAAGCGUAACGUUGAAGCCGAGGAUACAAUAUUAGGACUACUUUCAUCUGUUUGCCAAGAGACAAACAAUUGUCUCUCGGAACUGUCUACACGCGUUGGUUACCAAGUUGAUGCCAAAGAGCAGCGCAUCGCCGUGUAUGAUGCACUAAAAAACAUUUCAAACCUAACAACGGAUGAAAGGGUAGGGGUGGCGCGGUACUUGAGCAAAAAUGUUGACGAGAUGGAACUUUUUUUCAGCUUGGACGAUGAUGCAAAAAGGUCGAUGGUGCAGCAAAUAUUGAGCGGGUCUAAGUGGUCAAUGUAA